UUAGCCACCAUGAAAGGGUUAGGAGCCAACCGCAGUCGUCACCUGUCUGACUCGUGCGAACCAGCGGGAUGUCCCCAGAAGCCUCUCUGUCCUUUGACGUCCGACCCUCACGGCUCCUUUCUGUUGAGCCCCACCAUAAACCACUAUGGCACCCUGGACCCCCAUCUCCACCAGUGUCCUCCCACCAGCCCCACCACCCUGACCCCUGACUGCCUGCUGCCUUUCAGCCAGAUGUCCAACAGCAGCACCUUCCCUCGGCUGCACUUCACCUCCCAGACUGACCAGGUCGACUGCUCCCAGGCCUGUAUGGCUGGUGGUGGUGGAGUUGGGCAGGGCAGCAGGGCGGGUACAAUAUCCAACUCCCUGUCUAUGGGCAUGGGCUUGGGUCUGGGCCUUACUGGUGCUCCUAUGAUCACCAGUGGAUCAGCUACCAUCUCCUCUGCAGCAGCAGCCAAGAUGAAUCGGUUACCCUCCAACCUUUUGGAUCAGCUAGAGAGGCACCUGCCUCUGCAGCGUGACGGCUUCAGUACGCUGCAGUUUCAUAGAGGACGCAUGUCGAAGCAACGCAGUGAGAGCCCAGGACGCAUACGCCACCUGAUGCACUCUGUGCAGAAGCUUUUUGCCAAGUCCCAGUCCCUGGAAAACUCUGCAAUCAAAGGCAACAUAAAUGGGCGCUCUGCUGGAGGAACGACUGGCAGCACAGGAGCUGGUGAGGACGGUGGUAGACCAUCCCGCAGGAGCAAGAGCAAAGACAGGGCUAAAACUGAGGGGCCAAAGCAGAGACCCAGGCCUAAUGCACUAGGCCUCUGGAGCUCAGACGAUGCCCUGGACACUGACACCACCAAAGCUGGCACUAUUGCUGUAGGUUACCGCAACCCACUGAGCAUGAUGACUCUUGGCAGAGCAGUGUCAGACAGCCAGGCCAGGCAUAUCCCACAGGGCUACAACACCAUUUCUGCACACACUCUCAAGACCUCGAAAAGCAGCAGUGACCUCAAGUUUCUGGCAUGUCAAGCGACACAGGUAGGAUCCAAGGCAGAGGAGGGGCGAACCAGGGGAAGCAAGGAUGAUACGCUGGUGAAAAGGGGCUCCUGGUCCACGCUCACCCUCAGCCAGGCCAGGCAAGUGUUGCAGAAGGGCUCUGCUACAGUCAACAGGACCCUUCUUAAAUCAAAGUCAUGCCACCAAGACCUGGCACAACAGUUCCUUCAGGUAGGAGGGCCAGUCCCACUGGGGGACUGGGCAGGAACUCUCGGUCGCGGCCGGCCCAGAGGAACUGAGAUCCCCUGUCGAAGGAUGCGCAGUGGCAGCUAUGUGAAAGCUAUGGGAGACUUAGAGGACAGCGAGGACUCGGAGGGAAGCCCCAAACCUUCCCCCAAAUCCGCUGCCCGUCGCCACAGCUACCUGAAGGCCACCCAGCACUCUCUGAGUGAGCAGCAGCCACCUCCACCUCCACGCAACUCCCUGCCGUCCCUGAAAGAGCUGUCGACUAAUCGGAGCCUUGAUAACUUAGACUGCCUGGUGAGCCCAUUGGAGGCCCCUCCGCGCCACAGGAACAAUGAUUUCAGCCAAUGCUCUGGAACACUGGGCAGAGGCUCGGGCACUCAGCGUGUGAGUCUGCACACGUUCUUUCAGGUAUGCGGGCAGGGCUUUGGACACUCAGUACCGUACUGUGAGGGGGAGUCGCAGGCGGUGGAGGCUCUGGAUCUGCCUGCGCCCACGUGCUUCCGGUCGCGCAGCCACAGCUACCUGCGGGCCAUCCAGGCGGGCUGCUCCCAGGAUGAAGAUACGGCCUCUGUGGAUUCAGACUCACCACCACCCACCACUACAGACUACAGCUACAGCUCCAACACCAUCAGCAAUAGGAAGGCUCCUCCACCAGUCCCACCCCGCACCACGUCCAAGCCCCUCAUCUCAGUGACGGUGCAGAGCAGCACAGAGUCAGCCCAAGACAUAUACCUUGACCAGCAGGACCGUGGCAGUGAGGCCAACAGCCAGUCAGGACGCAGCAACUCCUCUGACAGUCUCUGUAGCAUCCGCACAGGCAGUCUGGCUAAGGGGACCCAACCUCCACCAGCCCCUGUCCCUGCUGUAACCCCUGCACCCGCUGCAGGCUCUGUACCUCCUGUUCCAGCCCCUCGUGACCUCCCUCCCACCACUACUGUCGCCACUACCACCACUUCCACAUCUACCCAGCCCCAAAAUGACACCCUGAGCAUUUCUGUCACCGUUGAGCAGGCCCCGACUGCACCCAAGAGGAAACUGUCCUCUAUUGGAAUUCAGGUGGACUGUGUUCUGCCAGUCUUAAGAGAGGAACUACUCCCCCUUACUACACCCCUCAAGUUUCAGUCAAUUGGAGUUCAAGUGGAGAACGGCAGGCCUCUCAGCCGGGACAGCAGCAUGGCCUCCAGACAAAAUACAGAGACAGAGCCUCAGGAGCCCCAGGAUGCCACAUCCAGAGAAAACAACACAGCCAACUGCACCAACAGUCAAACAGUGAAUGCCACUGCACCCACGACACAGGACAAAGCCAUGGAACAGCAGCCCCUUAAACACACCUCGGCCCCAUCCAGGAUAACGACCUUGCCCCCGGAGACCCUGGACCCAGCUUUAGACCCCUCCUCUCUGCCACCACCAGAUCCCAGCCUGGAGACCGGAAACUGCAGCACCCACGGAGAUGCUGUUCAGACCAGCACGCCAGCUUGCCUCCGAGACGGCAACUGGUUUCUGAAGCUGCUGCAGGCAGAAACGGGACGCAUGGAGGGCUGGUGUCAACAGAUGGAGCAGGAGACCAAAGACAAUAAGCUGUCAGAGGAGGUGUUGGGGACGAUCCGCAGUGCAGUAGGCAGUGCUCAGCUCCUCAUGUCGCAGAAGUUUGAGCAGUUCAGGGGUCUCUGUAAUGAGAACUUGAACGUAAACGCCAACCCACGACCAACAGCACAGGAUCUCGCAGGUUUCUGGGAUCUGCUACAGCUCUCAAUAGAAGACAUCAGCAUGAAGUUCGAUGAGCUCUACCAACUGAAAGCCAACAACUGGCAACUUCCUGAGAAACCAGAGAAGAAGGAUGAAAACAAGCAGCUUCCAUCAUCUGUGCCAAAGAAGCAGUCUAAGCCCAAACUGUCAGCUGGGAAGGACAGGAGCGUGGACUCAGCUGUGGACAAGCAGCGGCAAGAAGCCAGGAAACGGUUGAUGGCAGCAAAGCGCGCGGCGUCAGUACGACAGAACUCGGCCACGGAAAGCGCUGACAGCAUCGAAAUCUACGUCCCCGAGGCCCAGACCCGCCUCUGAGAGCAAACCAGCAGCGAUCAUCGAGGAACAAUCCUGACUGACUUCAGACAUUCUUUGACACACACACACACACACACACACACAUACACAGACAGAUCUGACACAAACACACAGAUGUACAACGGAUGCACAGAGGCCGAUCCCUCAUAGCAGCACAGCUGAUGACAGGAGAAGCGUGGGGAUCACGAGGCACAGAAACAACCCAGAAUAAUGCGGAUCAUCACCCUGCUGCCAUGGGACGGAAAUGACCUUGACAGAUGUUUAAUACUAUUGUUAUUGUUAUUAUUGACAUUAUAAUAAUUAUUAUCUCCUAAAGUAUAGCAGGACUGUCUUAAAUGUGCAAGUAUCUUGGAUAAGGACAUCCUGUACCUUGUGAGCUGAAGAAUCUUGGUAUCCCAGAAGUUUACUCUCUCAAAACUCCCUUCACUGCUGAGUCUACCGGCAAGUUGUGGCUGCCAGGUUUACGAGCUGAGCUACCAUCCACACACACUCAGGACACACAUGCAGGUGUACUCGCUGUCCACAGAGUCUUCCUGUUCUCUAUUUGUAUUAGGCUGCCACUCGUCGGGUGUGGUGUGUACGCUUUACUGUGUAAGAAUUGAGAUGGUGUUAAUGUACUCAGAGGUUUAAAAUGCAGAGAACCAGAGGAAGGCAGUAGCAUAUAUAUUAGAAAUAUCACACUAUUACAAUGUUCAUUUUGUAAAUGUUGUAUACCAGAUUAUUUGUUAGAAAGAGGUCAAUGUUCAGUAUCAAGGUAGUUUUUUAUAGAUUGAGUACAUGUACCUUCAUGAUAUAUUAGCACUUGAUGCAAUCAAUCACUUCGCCUCUCUCUCUCUCUCUCUCUCUCUCUCUCUCUCUCUCUCUCUCUCUCUCUCUCUCUCUCUCUCUCUCUCUCUCUCUCUCUCUCUCUCUUCCCCCCCCUCUUUUUCUUCUUUUCACAAAUGCACACUACACAGUCUGUGUCUGUGAAUACCCAUUGUUAAAGUCUUACAUUUGUUUGUUUUUGCGAAGGGAUGUGAGGAAUGACUGCCCAGCCAGUGAGCCACCGAGGAAUGUAUGAAAUGUAUGCAUUUACAGCUCAUGUCGACUUGAUCACUGCACUUUCCAUUCACCUCAGAUCAAGUUUGCCCACCUUUGUUUUGCCUGAUCAUUCUGACUUUCACUGCAUCCUCAUGUGAUGUAGGGGACCAAGACAUUCACCACUCGAUAUGGCAUUCCCAUUCAACCAGACUUUGUAUGAUAGGGUGGGGGUAUACUUGCUACUGGAAAGGCAAUGGAAUAGCAUAGCAAUAAUGAAAUCAUAUUAGAGCAAGCAAUGCAAUAGGUACCCAGUCUUAAAUUAUUGAAUUCAGCAUUCCCAAUAAGACUUUCUUAGCAUGAAGGAUGAAUGUUUAUUUCUCUUCUGAACUGACUGCCCUUGAAAUGAUUAAACUCUCAGGUUGAACAUAAACUCAACAAUAAAAACCACUAUGGAUGGAUUAUUUAUUACAAUAACAUUAAUUGGCAGAGUGCUCAGGGCAUUCGCCAGAUAAUUCAGUUCCAGUGCUACUCAGCGUUCUUUUGGAAGAAUAAUAUGUUUUGGUAAGGUGUGUUGCAGUGAAGUACAGGUUUAACUUGACUGCUACAGUCAGCGGUUUCCUUCACUCCUCUUUCAAGCAGCUUGAACUCCCACCCGUGUUUGUUGAGAAUGAAAAACUGUGGUACAUUUUCUUUAUUUUUAAAGUUUUAUGUCAUUUGACACGUUUUGUGACUUUCAUCCAAAAUGAGGUCAACCUAAACAUGUCUUGACUUCUGUAAUUAUAAUUAAUGGUGCUGCGAGGGACUUCAUAUUGUGCCAACACGGCAAUGAUCGUCUGCAUUUCAGUGUCAUUUGAUAAAGCUUUUAUUUAAAGUAAUUUUUUUUUUAUUAUUAUUUAAUCUGCUCAGCAAAAGUUUGUGUUUGCAUCAGCUCACUCCAGAUAUGCUAUGCCUUGUCUCUGUCUAAACUCAUGACACUUUGAUUAUGGGACUGGAAUAUCGUCCAUGUCUCAGUUUUCUCAAAUGGAAACACAAGUGCCAAGGGUACAUGAGUGGAACCGGGCAUAGCAGAUAUUCAUGCACAAGUGUAGGUGGUCUCACCAGUUUCUUUGUUUUGUUUUGUCUUUUUAGUAAGAGCUGGCUCUCCCCCUACUGGUCAGUGCUUGCGUGACACUCCAGACAUCUUGUUAUGCUCCAUUUUGAAUCUUUAGUUAACAUCAAACAAGAAAUGAAGUUGAAAUGGGAAUGCUGACACAACACCAAGUUGUUGAUUUUCUUAUUCUCUUAUUUGUAUUACAUCAACAAUGGACGUGCAUUUCAUUGUCCAAAGAAAUCAUUAAACAUCCCUUUGCUACA